GCGGCAAGUCGAGUAUCAACAAACAAAUUGCAGGACAAUCUCCAUACUUCCAAGCCUUCGCGAUGCCCGCUGACAAGUACUCCGUCAUCCUCCCGACAUACAACGAGCGCAGGAACCUUCCUAUCAUCACCUGGCUCCUUGCCAAGACUUUCAAUGACAAUGGUAUCAACUGGGAAUUGAUCAUUGUGGAUGACAACUCUCCCGAUGGCACGCAAGAAGUCGCGAAGCAGUUGGAGAAGGUUUACGGAAGUGACAAGAUCCUCUUGAAGCCUCGCGCAGGCAAGCUUGGCUUGGGUACUGCUUACAUUCACGGCCUUCAAUACUGCACCGGAAACUUCGUCAUAAUUAUGGACGCUGACUUCUCCCACCACCCCAAAUAUAUCCCAAAAUUCAUCCAACUGCAGAAGGCAAAGAAGCUCGACAUCGUCACCGGGACGCGUUACGCCGGAGAUGGCGGCGUUUACGGAUGGGAUUUGAAGAGGAAGACGAUCAGUAGGGGAGCGAACUUGCUUUGCAGGAUUGUCCUUGCGCCGGGAGUCAGUGAUGUCACUGGUAGCUUUAGACUGUACAAGAAGGAGGUGUUGAAGAAGAUCAUCUCUGAGACGAAGAGCAAGGGCUACGUGUUCCAGAUGGAAAUGAUGGUCCGUGCACGGGCGAACAAGUUCACCAUUGGCGAAGUCCCCAUCGCUUUUGUGGACCGUCUCUAUGGUGAGAGUAAGUUGGGUAGUGAUGAGAUUAUUCAGUACUUGAAAGGAGUUUGGACUUUGUUCACCACUGUAUGAGGAGGACUGCUGCAAAGUCGAGGAAAGCAGGGAGCCUAUCAUCUUAUGUCGUUCUUGGAAG